AUGGACACUGUUGGCGCAUGUGUGGACAUCUCCAGCGAGAACACGGUCAAGUUUGUCGCUGAGUUCUGCGGUAUUAAAGACGUGAUGUACGGCGACCGUUAUCACGUUGAUCCAAAUAACCGAAAAGAUGGUGAGUGGUUACGAUUUGCGACCGCAGAAGUUGAGAAGCAUGACGACACGACCAGCAUCUCGAGUGACGACGGCGUGGACAUGGAACGCAUCCAUGGGUCUAGCCAGAGCGUCAUACUUGACAACUCGGGCGAUGCAGAGACUAUUGUCAGUGCUACGGACAAAGAUCUCGACAACCAGGACGUCGAUGAGGAGGACUGGAACGAAGAUUCCGACAACCAGGACGUCGGUGAGACUCGCCAGGAUAUGAGUCACCAGGCGGAUGAUAGACAUUAUGAUGACGAGUCUGUAUCGGCUUAUAUUGGAUCGGAGGUGGACCCAGCAGACGAAGAUUCGGUUGCCGAUGCGACCGAGGUGGACGAGGACGUAAGCGAUCCAACCGAUGAGCAGGAAUCAACUCAAGAGCAGAGCCCGGAGGCCAAGGAUCAUACGGAAAACGGCCGGAGCCAGAGCUCACCCGACGGUGACAAUGCCGGUGCUGAGUCGGAACCGACCACCACGGAACGAUCCUUGCUUGAGAAGAUCGUACUGCCAGAAGGCCUGCAAAGGCGAGUGGAGCGGGACGACACCCCGUCAGAAGCUGAGAAGAACCAGCUUAGAAAACGAAUGAAAGAACGUCGCACAGGCUUACGUCAACUGAUUGGUGCCAAGAACAUCGGAGUUCCAAAUAAUCGACGCCAAGCUAUGAGUUUUAAGUGUGCGGAUUUCUGGCGAAUGGCUGAGCAGGAGGAAAUGGCCGCGUUCAAAAACAAGGAGGUCUUGGGACAGGUCAAGUGGACCGAGAUGCCAAAGGAUGUCAAAACCGUAAAGACCAAGUCUACGCAAUCGAAAUGGAUGCGCAAGGCUUCGUUGUGA